UCUCCUCCUCGCCGCCGCCCCCUCAUCUUAUCCCUCAUCCUCGAUCCCCUCCACUAUCCCUCCUCCGCACCCUCACCGUCCCUGCGAUGCCUCCUUCCUCCACCUCCCCACAUGCACCUUCUCUCUUCCCCAGAAUUUCCUAAGCUUCCUCCACUCCAAUGGCACACAUCCCCCAUCCCUCGUACUAGGUGCAGUGGCAACGACAUCCUGGGGGCGCGUAGAUCUAGAACGGAACAGAACCCCGACGUCGGCCUUGUUGAACCGGAGCGGCCGUGCGGUGGUCGACGAUCUACUGCGACGGCUGGAAGCAGCAGCAAACCCUCGUCGCCACUAGUUACCAGCGCGGCUCCCACCUGUCCUGCUGGCUUCCUCGACGUCGUGGCCUCGUACUCCUCCGCGACCCCCGUCCAGGUUCUUUUGCCGGCUCUGACUAAUGCUGUGGUCGUGGAUCCCUGUAGAGGAAAGGUUGCUCGCGUCCCUCUCUCUGAUGUACGGACGCGCGCGUCCCUUUGGCUGUCGGUGGCAAGCAGCCAACAUAGAGCAGCACAGCAGGAACGGCGGCCGUGCAUCUACCUCGAACUCCACCAAACACCAGCCACCAUAGGUAGCUGAGAUAGAACAGAAGACAGUUGGGUUUGGUUUAGAUGGGUUACUCCACUUGGAUAGGAACAAUGAUACUACUGCGAACACGAUUACAUAUUAUGUUUAUCUAAAUGUCCAGUGUGACUGAUUUGUAAUUUUAAUGUUAUUGUGAUCCUUAUUUUGUAGUUGUGAAUUUGUAAUUGUGCACUACAGUAUUGUUUCUAGUUUAAUAGAGAUUCUUUACUUA